AUGGGAAGAGUGUAUAAUAAAAAACAAUUGAAAAAUCAUUGGGAUUACAUGAAAGCCGAAUGGACACUUUUUAAGCAGUUGAUGAAAGGAGAGACAUGUUUAGGAUGGGAUGCCACAAAAAAUACAAUUAUAGCAGAUGAUGAUUGGUGGGACCAAAAAAUUAAGGAGAAUGCUCGAUAUAAAAAAUUUAGGAACAAAGAUCUUUCGCUCAUAUGGUUUUGCUACGACACAUUAUUUGCUGAUGUUGUUGCCACAGGAGAAAGAGCACGUGCAGCAAACCCAGAACAAUCGUCCGGCAUUGGACUAAAUCUUGACGAAGAGGGAAUAAAUGAUAUUGAUGGUUGUGAAAAAGAACACUUUACUUUUCUUAAUGAUGAAAUGAGCGAUGAAAGUGAUGAUCUACAAAAUAUAAAUUCUGUUCCAGAGCCAUCACUAAAAAGACAAAAAUCAACUGAUGGUGUUAGCACUAGCAGUCAAGUAAGAAAGAUUGAUGAGGCAUCCAUCGAGAAGUGUAUUGGCACGUUGGAAUAA